AUGUUUAUGCUCUGAACAAAAAAAAAAGAAAAAAAAAAAAAGAAGACGAAAAAUGAAGAUAUCCGAAGAUGAAGUUGCACUUCUAGAAGAUUACGUGAGCGAGUCUGUCGACUACCGUGGAAGACCCGCCGUAAAAUCUUCCACCGGAGGAUGGAGAUCCGCCUGGUUUAUUAUAGGUGUGGAAGUUGGAGAGAGGUUUGCUUACUUUGGUAUUGCAUGCAAUUUAAUAACUUACCUAACCGGACCACUCGGACAAUCGACAGCGACGGCAGCCGUGAACGUGAACACAUGGUCAGGAACCGCCUCCUUGCUUCCUAUUUUAGGAGCUUUCUUAGCUGACGCUUAUCUUGGUCGUUACCGUACAAUCCUCUUAGCUUCCCUCGUUUACAUAUUGGGACUAGGAUUAUUGACAUUAUCAGCUUCAGCUAAACCGUCUUUUUGGGUGAAUAUACUUUUCUUUUGUUCUCUGUAUUUGGUGGCGAUCGGACAAGGUGGACAUAAGCCGUGUGUUCAAGCGUUUGGUGCGGAUCAGUUUGAUGCGGAAGAUCCAAAGGAGGUAAUAGCCAGAGGAUCGUUUUUCAAUUGGUGGUUCUUGAGUUUAUCAGCUGGAAUAAGCUUAUCGAUUAUUGUGGUCGCGUAUGUUCAAGAAAAUGUUAACUGGGCGUUUGGGUUUGGGAUUCCUUGUUUGUUCAUGGUUAUGGCUCUUGCUAUUUUCUUGCUUGGGAAUAAGAUUUAUAGAUAUCCAAAGGGACAUCGUGAGGAUCAGGUUAAUAGUAAUGUUUUUGCAAGAAUCGGUAGAGUUUUUGUCGCUGCGUUCAAGAAUAGGAAAUUGAGUUUAGAACAUUCGAGUUUGUGUCAAGUUCAAUUGGAGGAUGGUCCAACCGAAAAACAUAAAGGUUGGCUCGAUUUCCUAUCAAAAGCGAUGAUCUCAAGAGAAGAAGGUGCAGAGCCAUGUAGUGGUAGGGACGUGGAAGAUGCAAAGGCUUUGGUAAGGCUUGUUCCGAUAUGGAUCACAUCGGUGGUAAGCACGAUUCCGUAUGCGCAACACAUUACUUUCUUCACGAAGCAAGGCGUCACGGUGGACAGAAAAAUCUUACCGGGAUUAGAAAUCCCUGCGGCUUCUUUAUUGUCAUUCAUCGGUGUGUCGAUUCUCAUCUCAGUACCGAUCUAUGAGCAUGUAUUUCUCCCAAUAGCAAGAAAGAUUACCAAAAAGCCUUUUGGGAUCACAAUGCUCCAGAGAAUAGGAGCUGGAAUGGUGCUUUCAAUCUUCAAUAUGAUGCUCGCGGCAUUGGUAGAAGCGAAACGGCUGAGUAUCGCUAGGGAACAUGGGAUCGUGGACAAGCCGGAUGUGACUGUUCCAAUGUCCAUAUGGUGGUUCGUCCCUCAGUAUUUGCUACUCGGGAUGAUUGAUGUGUUCUCUCUAGUGGGAACACAAGAAUUUUUCUACGACCAAGUCCCCACGGAGCUAAGGAGCAUUGGCCUCUCGCUUUCUUUGAGUGCAAUGGGUCUUUCCAGCUUUUUGAGUGGUUUUCUCAUCACUGUGAUUGAUUGGGCUACCGGAAAAGACGGAUGGUUCAACACUAACCUGAACCGAGCCCAUGUUGAUUACUUUUACUGGUUGCUCGCCGCAUUCAACGCCAUUGCUUUCUUAGCGUUCUUAUUCAUCUCCAAAAGGUAUGUGUAUCGUCCGCUAGUCCAAGUCUAAAAAUUCAAAACACAAGUUUUGUUGACUUUCAUAUCAUAUUUUGUGAUUGUGACUUGUAAGGUAAUGUGUAUAUUCAUCUGUAAGAUGUAUAUGUAAGUUUUUUUUU